AUGAUUCAUCAAGGAAGAUAUGCUUUAUUAAAACAUCCGAAAGAUAUAUUCAAAAUCAAUAAAUUGGCUAGUGUUAUAAUUAGCAAUUUAAAAUAUCAACAUGGAGAUAUAUCAUUAUGUCAAACUAUUUUAAAGAAUUCUUUCAAUUUUGUAACAGAUAUCAGAGCUCUCCCAGAGUAUGACCUGGCUCAUCGGACUGUAUACAACGCAUUUCAUCCAGAACGACACCAUCUAGAUGAGGCAGCUGGCCAAAAGCUUUACACCUAUCCGUAUAGCAUUGAAGUCAAACCUGUUUUGACUAUCAAAGUUUUCAAGCCUACACAGGGGGACCCUUUCCCGGAACUUUCGCUUCUUUCAGGAACUUUGAGUCAAGAUAUUUCUGUGUAUAUUGUGCACUCCUUCUUGUACAAAGCAAUGAAUGUAUUUGAGAUUGAGUCUCCUACCGACUGGACCAGUUUCAAACUUAUAAUCUGCAAAGAAAAGGAGGAGGUCACACCUCUAAGUCUGUUCAACAUUCAAAACGUAGAGGAAGAUUGGCCUGCACUGUCAACAUCAACAGCUGUUGCUUCAAAAAACAAGUUAUUAGGUACUCUUGCUAAGGUGUUAAUGAUAUACAGGUUGGGUUCUGCGCUACAAGAUCAAGGUGAUUACAUUUCAGCUCUGACAAGCAGAUUGGAGGUUUUGUACAGGGUUCAUCCUUUUAAUAUGGGAAACCCAGUGGGCCUCAAGUUGUGUAUGGCUUGGGCUUUGGAUUCAACCUAUCGUGCUCUUGCAGCCGCAAUUGAUAUGUUUUUGAAUCGUUUUCAGAGCCACCCGCUUUCGGCUUUGCGUGCUUGCACCUUACCUGCUUUCUUGAGGGACUGUUCCACUCUAACUUCUAUUCAUUCAACUGCACGUUGUCUUUCAAUAGGCGUGCACGAGCUUAUGGAGUUCGCCUUCAUGAAAGAGUUGGCAAGCGAUAUUGAUCGAACCAUUGGACGUAGCGAACACCAAGAAAUGCGCAAUCCCAACUCUUACUUCCAUUACUGCCGAGAAUUGAUGCUGAUUCCACGCUCACCUUACUCUGCGUCAGCAAACCCAAGUUUAUUUUUAUGGUGCCAUGUCAUUGGUUGUUUACAGAAUAAGAAAAGAUCUAUCAAUGCCAGGUACGUUGAGUGCGAUUCACCUAAUCGCAUUGUGGUCAAUGCGAUUGUGAUCACUUAUUACCUGGGCCAUCAUGUCACAGCUGGCCGAUAUUUCUUCCGAGAGAAAGGGCCUGGCAUUGAGUAUAUGCAAAGUAUGCUACGAGUCAUGGAUAAAACAAAGUCGUCUGGCAAAGUGACUGUGGUCAAAACCCUUGAAACGUAUCUUGAGAGUGAAAAUGAGGUGAAAGAUAAUAUCAAGAAAUUUUUCGCGCCUGCCAAGAUAAGUCUUGCUAAAGCUCGUCCAGAUAGUGUUGGGGCAUUGGUUUACCAAUUCCUUUAA